AGCCCGCGCCGCGCGCGAGGGGGGGCCUCCCGGGGCGCCGCGCCCGCCUGGCGCGAGAGCGCGGAGGGCGGGCAGCCCAUGGCUCCGCGCGGCGCCCUCGGGGAGUAGAGGCCCUGCCCCGGCGGGCCCCUGCCGGGCUGCGGCGCCCUUGGCCGGGCCGGCAGCUUGCGUGCCACGGCAGGCCUGGUCGCCUGCGCUCUGGAGGCUGGCGAAGGGCUCCAUGGAGGUGCUCGUGUCCGAGACCCGGAGGGUCUGGAUCCCCGACCACCCCACGCUGGCCUACUCGCCCGGCAGGGUCUCGGAGACCUGCGAGGAUGGCAGGCUGCUCGUCGUGGACGACUCUGGCGAGCAGUUCCACAUACCGCAGGACGCGGCCGAGUCCGUCGACCCGGCCUGCCUGCGCGGCGUGGAGGCGCGGGUCGGAGCGGUCCUUGCGUUCGACACGGUGGCGUCACGGCCGUAUCGCGACGUCGACCCAGACCCGGCCGUGUUCCGGCGCGGAGCGGACGUCAGGCUUCAGCUCAAUUCCCCCGAGCUUCAACGGCAGCCGCCUGAGCGAACGGAGCCGCAAGCCAAAGUCAACAUGUACGAGCAGCCGAUCAAUAUUUACACGGACAUCGGUGACACGGAGUUGGUCGAGAGCACGCGCGUCAGGCUGGAGGCGGUCAGGCUGCACCCCCCGCCUGCCACGGCCCACAUGCAGUGCUCCCAGGAGCUCGAGCGAGUCCAGGAGCAGAUCUCCGCUGCGAAGGGUGACGUUGAGUCGCUGGAGCAGACGUUGGCGAAGGUGCUGAGCUACCUGGAGGCAAAGCAGCAGGAAGAGGCCUUACUCAGCAAAGAGUCUUUCGGCAAGAUGAAUGCGAUCUACAGGCAGACCAUGGCGGCCCAGAUUCCCAAGGCACGUGAUCCUGCACUUGCUGCUGAUGACGCACCUGCUCCCCAGCUGACGGAGCCGCUUGGGGGUCAGGACCUGCCAACCGCGCCGGCACCAAGCGGGCGCCGACUCAUGCGGGAGAAGGCCGACGUCGAGAAACUACACAGAUCCUUCUUCCAGGAUGGCGACGCUUCCGAGGUCAGGAAAGGCUGGCUGAGAUGGUCCAGAAUAUCCAUGACGCCAAGCAUCGACGGCUUGAUGGAGGCAACGUUGCACGCGCAGUGGGUGGAACAGGAUGCGUUUGACGAGCGCGUGGAUGUGCGAUGGGCCCCUGAGACGAGGUCGCAGAUCGUGCUGGCAGAGGAGAUUCGGCAUCAUGACUGGGAGUGCGAAGCGUUGAGCACGUGGGCCAGCACUCUCAUGUGGAGCGCGAUGCUUGUUCCAGGGGCGCCAACGGAAGGGGAGCUACCAUCCGCGGGGCUGGGCAUAUUCGUUCGUGAAGGGGUCGGCUUGCAUGGUCCAGAAUAUUUCGAUGGCAGUCUCAUGGCGCGAGAAUCCACACUAAAUACUACCAUGUCGUCUGGGGGCGAACUGGUGCCGCACCGACCACAGCAUGCAGUUGCUGAAGUCCCAGGCUGGCCGCCGAUCAACAUCUUCGGCUUGCACCUGCGCGCGGGCGAGGGGAUGUCGGUCAAGAACGUGCAGAUCUGCCUGAACGUCGGGUUGGCGAUAGCAGAGCAGCAGUGCCCUUCCCUGACAGGAAGCGGUUGGAAUAUGCCAGCGGCUGAGGUUGAGGCCUCGCUCUUCACGGUGCACCCGCAGGCUUCUUUUCUCGCGCCGAAGGCGAUUGCAUGCAGGACGGCGCCGCCCAACGCGAUCCUUGACUAA